GAGGUUUGCAACUCGCGGACUGCCUGCCAAUGACUUCCGUGGGGUGGACGCGGGCGUUGCCCCUGCCAGUCCCGGCUGCCCACCCCCCAAGCCCGAGAUCCAGACCCCCCCCUCCAAUGAGUGCCAAGCGGGGAGGGGGGGGCUCCCCACGCGGAGUGCCUUCGUCUUUCCAGAUUAAACACUCGAGUUUCUCCGUCUCCACAGCCGGCCUGCCUUUCUUUCUUGCCUUCCUUCCUUUUUCCUUUUCCUCCGAGGGGGUUCCGUUCUCGUCUUCCGGGGAGGGGGGGGCAACGGGUCAAGGACGCAACGUGGGGACGGGCAUCCCGCGUGUGACUCAAAAGCGUGCAGGAGGAAAAGCCCGGUUCCUGGGGGGCGGGGCCAAGGAGGGCCGGAGGCGAGGGGGGAGGAGACUGAGCAUGCGCGCCCCACAAGGAACCCCCCCUCCCUCCCCCCCUCCCUCCCCAAGACUUGCAGCGCCGCCGCCGCCGCUCUGGACCUGGCGGAGGGUCAGGCUCCCUUCUUGGGGACGGUCCCUCCACAGCGGAUGCCAGGCAGGCGCCCCGGACUGCGAUGGUGCUGGACUCCGGGAGGCGACCCUUCCGCCCGCCCUCUCCGCCGCGUCUGGGGGUCUUCGGCCCGGACCUUCCUGGGAGGACGAGAAGGAGGAGCCCCCCUCCUCCAAAGGGAGAGCGCUAUGAGGGGCAGGAGCCCCCUCCACCGCCCCCUCUUCCCCUUCCGGGCCCCUCCCUGCCCCCCUCUCCCUCCCUCUCCCUGGAGUCAGACUGCUCCUCCUCCUUGGCCCCCCCCAGGAAGGAGCCCCCUCCCCCCUCGGCCCCCCGCGGCUGGAUGCGCCGGAGCGAGAGCAGCUGCGCCGUGAACCGGAGGGAGCCCCGGGCCCGCCGCCUCCUCCGCAGCGCCAGCUCCCUGCCCCACCUGGCCAAGGAGAAGGAGAAGGGCAAGGACGCGGGCGGGAAGGGCCGGAGGAGCCCCUGCCUGCUGGUGGCCCUGCGCCCGGCCAACCUGGAGCAGGAGAAGGCCGCCUUCUUCCGCGCCUCCUUCUCCUACAACCCCCAGUUCCAGUACCAGGAGCCCCUCCCGGCAGCCGUGCUCGACAAGUACCGGGAGGCCUCCGGGAAGUUCCUCCCCCAGGCGCUGGGCAUCAUGAGUGCUGUCUUGGAGCGCUAUGGCACCUACGAGGACUUUGAGGCCACCAACGGGGGGAAGCUGCUCAGCAAGGGCCAGAUCUGGUCCGUCAUCCGGAAGUACCUGCAGAAGGAGGGCUGCUCGGGAGAGGUGGUGGUUCAGCUGACGGAGGACCUCCUCUCGCAGGCCGUGAUGAUGGUGGAGAACAGCCGCCCCACGCUGGCCAUCAACCUCUCGGGGGCCCGGCAGAACUGGCUGGAGGGGAUGCUGCGCCACGAAAUCGGCACGCACUACAUCCGUGGGGUGAACAACGCGCGGCAGCCGUGGCACAGCCCCGAGGGCCGGCAGCAGUUCAGCUUGCAGGCGGCCAACCCCACGGAGGAGGGCCUGGCCAGCAUCCACAGCGUCCUCUUCCGCAAGCGGCCCUUCCUCUGGCGCGCCGCCCUCCUCUACUACACCGUCUACCAGGCCGGGCGCCUCUCCUUCGCAGACCUCUUCCGGCAGCUGGAGCCCUUCGUGCGCGACGCCGGCGUGCGCUGGGAGUACUGCGUGCGGGCCAAGCGCGGCCAGGCCGACACCUCGGGGCCAGGCUGCUUCAGCAAAGACCAGGUCUACCUGGACGGGAUUCUCCGCAUCCUGAGGCACCGGCACUCCAUCGACUUCCACUUGCUGGCCGCACUGGGCAAGGUCUCCUAUGAAGACGUGGGGCGGCUGAAGGACCUGGGGGCGCUGGAGAAGGCCCGCAUCCCCCACUUCAUGCUGGACCUGGAGCGCUACAUGCAGCAGCUGGACCACAUCGUGGCCACCAACCGCCUGGACGAGGAGGAGCUGGAGCGGCUGCUGCCGGACUGAGCCCUGGGCCCCCGCGGACCCACCCCAGAGCAGCCCCUGCUUGUUCUGCAUCUCUAGGGCGCCUCUGGAGGGCCUGGCGGAUUGACCCACUGAAGAGGACGUUUGUGGGGAAAGGAAACCCUGGAUGCCCUACCUCUGGAGUGGCUUAUUUAUUUUGGGGGGGGGGUGGGGGAGGGGAUGAGGAGGAAUGGCAGCCUUCUCUGAGGAAGUGGGGGCUCUGGAUCCCCCCCCCAAGCUCGGCCCUCCUUCUGUUAGGUUGUGGAUGGAAGUGCCGCCCCCUCCCUCCGCCCGAGAGUCUCCAUGGCUUUGUUCUUUUACUCCGAGAGAGGAGUCCUUGGAGGUCCAUGCGCUUCCCACAGAGAAGAGUGUGACUCAUAGACUUGGGAGACAUCUAGUCCAGCCCUUUGUGGUGGGGAGGAACACGCAGCAGAAGCCCCCCACCCACCCACCCCCCAAGACCUCUGAGGCAGCCUUUGUGCCACCCACACUUGCACAGCCAGGAGGGAAGUGGGUCAGAAUCUGGACCGCAGGUUUGGCUGGAAGAGAGAAAAGCCGAGGGUUGAAGAAGGGGCUUCGUGGUUCUGCUUGUUGGUCCUCUUUUGGGGGGGCACCUGAAGGUCUCCAGAGACCCCCCUUCCCUGCCCCAAAACCUUCCUUUCUUCCUUAGGGUGGGGAGGCAAGGCCAGAUGUGGGUGGCUGGGCAACUGUACAAGGCAGCCAAGUUUGGAAGACUUUUGAUGUAUCUCAAGGACUUCUUCUUCCCCAUCUUCAAAACUGUAACUAAGGCGUUCUGCUUGUUGGUCCUCUUUUUGGGGCACCUGAGGGUCUCCAGGGACCCCCCUUCCCUGCCCCCAAACCUUGCUUUUCUCCAUAGGGUGGGGAGGCAAGGCCAGAUGUGGGUGGCUGAGUUGCCACAUCUUUGGAGGACUUUUGAUGUAUCUCAUGGACUUCUUCUUCUUCCCCGUCUUCAGAACUGCAACAAAGGCGGCUGAAGGGGGAAAUGAGGGGCGGAUGCAUGGGGGAACUUGCCAGGUUCAGUGCCUGAAAACAAAUUCAUGGAUUGAGCAGAAAGCUUUUUUUUGGGGGGGGGGGAAGGUGUCCCUGCACACCCUUCAAUAAAACAUUUUGCGCCUCACGAGAGGUGGCGGUGUC